UGUUUGCUUGUCCCCUUCAAACGCAAAUAAACCCCCCCUCUCCUUUCUCUUCUUCUUCUUCCACCUCUCUCUCUCUCUCUCUCUUCACUCUCCCAAAUAUUUUCCUCUCACACCAAAAACACACACUCAUUUCACACAUUCCUCUUUUAGCUCCUCUUUUUUUUUUGAAAUAAUUUCUAAUGGAAACACCUGAAUUGUUUCAAACAGGUUACUAUAACACCGAAUUCACUUCCGAAAAGCAGCUCAUUUCUGAUGUAAAAAAUGGUGAACAUUUCGUUGUUGACGAUCUUUUGGACUUGCCUAAUGAUGAUGGAAUGGUCACCGAAGACACGUUGGACCUUACAGUUAUAGGAAACUCCACGGAUUGUUCCGUCGUAGAUAAUUCAUGUAACUCCUCAUUGUCCGGAAGCAAUCACCCCCCACAAUUACUCGGCUACCGGGAUUUUCCCGAUGGACACUUGUCCACUGAAUUCGCCGUUCCAUAUGAAGAUAUGGCUGAGCUGGAAUGGCUAUCGAAUUUUGUGGAAGAAUCAUUUUCAAGUAACGAGCUGCAUAAAAUGCAGAUGGUGCAAGCAAUGAGGAAUCGAACUGAUUCUGAGAUUCACCAAUUCAUUCCUGACCCGAACCGAGCAUCUGCAACGUCUAGCACAAUCUUCAAGCCGGAAAUGCCUGUCCCAGCCAAAGCACGUAGCAAACGAUCGCGAAUGGCUCCAGGAAACUGGGCCUCUCGCUUGCUAGUUGUGUCUCCCAACACUACAACCCCGGAUUCCUCGAUGGACACGAUAUCAAUGCAAGACAUGUCAUCGUCAUCAGAGUCCGGGAUGAUAAUCCCGAGCUCUGGGAAGAAGACAGUGAAGUCUUCUUCUACUCCGAAAAAGAAAGAGAGUAAUAUCCAUCAUGUUCCAAGUAACAAUAAUGGUAGCAAUAGUGAAGGAAGGAAGUGUCUUCAUUGUGCUACUGAUAAGACACCGCAAUGGAGGACAGGACCAUUGGGUCCUAAAACACUUUGCAAUGCUUGUGGUGUAAGGUACAAGUCUGGACGUCUCGUCCCUGAAUAUCGACCUGCUGCUAGCCCUACUUUUAUGCUCACUAAACACUCUAAUUCUCACCGCAAAGUGCUUGAGAUUCGGAGGCAAAAGGAAGUUACUCAGGUUGAACACCAACACCAACACCAAUUCCUUCCUCAUAACAUGAUGUUCGAUGUAUCCAAUGCCGAUGAUUACUUGAUUCAUCAACAUAUGGGGCCAGAUUUUCGGCAGCUAAUCUAGUGAUCAUCAAUGGUACCAGUGUAGGAGUUUGUUUUCUCAUAUUGAGUUUUGAAUUUCCUAAUUGUUUUUACUAGGACUAGAUUCCUAACUUAUCGAAUUUUGUAGCGUUGUCAUAGAAAUUAAAAAAACGAAAUUAAAGGAAAGGAAAGGUGAGAGACUACAAGAGUAAAAAAGAAUGAGCAAUACAAGUAGAAGGUGUAGGGUCUAGUGUCCCAAGUUUAUGUUACUUUUGCCAAAAAAUUGGCAAUUUCAUGGAAC